AUGUACGGAGCCGAAAGCGGCGCGUUCGUUGCCGUGAGGACCGUUAGGCCCUCGAGUACCACACGAGUCCUUAGCUUGGCGCUGAAUUACAAGAAAUAUUGUCGUUUGUGCUCAAAUCACGUAGCGUGCCAGAACUCCGGUAAAUUUCAUACCGAUUGUCCUCAAGACAGACGAUUGCUGGAAAUGACAAGUGAAGUACGCGAACUCAUCGUUGAUUAUCACAAUCGACAACGUAGUUGGGUGGCUGCCGGUAAAUAUGGUAUGCUCAAAACAGCUUGCCGUAUGGGCACAAUGCAAUGGGAUGAUGAAUUGGCUUUGCUGGCUGAAUAUAACGUUAAACGGUGCGCGGUUAAACGUGAUAAUUGCCUUAAGACCCUGAGGUUUCCAUCUCCUGGUCAAAAUAUAGGUUUUUCUACAUCGCUAGGGGUGCGUCCGCUCAAAGAAAGUUUGGAGGUGAUUUUAAAAAAAUGGUAUAGAGAAAUCGAAAAAGUUCAUCCAGGAAUUAUUGAUUCCUAUAACGAAAAUAUGCAAACUUACAGUUUAGUAAUAGUGAACGAUCAUAAUGUACGAGUGGGUUGUGCUGCGAGCGAUUACACAGUAUACCAUGAAAGUGAAUACAAGUUGUGCACUUUGCUCACUUGUAAUUACGCCACUAGUAAUAAAAAAGGAGCUCCAGUUUACGAUGCCAAUUGUACUAAGUCUGCUGUAAAAUGUCUAAGUGAUUCUAGAAGUAAAAUUUUGGGCUUAUGCCCAGCCGAUGAAAAAUACAUUAUAAAUACUUGUCCCAGCAAUGAAGACUUGUAA